UGGAGAGCCCAUAAUGAGAUAAGUGUGAGCUCACAGGCCCGCUAUUUAACCCCUGCACCCAGGACACAGGCAUCAGACAGGGGCAGUUGGGAGACACAAGGGCAGGCAGAUUGGCACGUAGGGGCAGAGCAGGCUUUGCCCAGGAUUUGCAUGGGGAUUUGUGAAAAGAGAGAACACAGGAAGAGCUGACCACAGUGUUACACACUCAGAAUGGCGCUGUCAGAUCUUCCCAGCACCCCUUUGGCGCUUGAAUACCUUAAUGACUUUGACUUAAUGAAGUUUGAAGUAAAAAGGGAGCCACCUGAGCCUAGGGUUACACGCCUAGCCCCCCCUCCAUCUCUCGGCUCUACUCCAUGCAGCUCAGUACCACCUUCACCCACCUUCAGUGACCCCCCUGAAUCGGCAGGACCACAACGUCCAAGUCUAGAAGAGCUUUAUUGGAUGGCAGCUUUACAGCAACAGAUGGGUGGGGAGGGACUACCGCUAACCCCAGAAGAUGCCGUGGAGGUGCUGAUGGGUGGAGCUGCACCUACUCUACAAGGGAUGGAGGGAGGAUACAGGACUGGGGGGCAGCAUCCUCACAAUGGUUACUUGCUAAGUCCAGAAGAUAUGAAUGGACAGCAGCAUCAGCUGUCGCCGUUAUCUGAACGUUUCUCUGAUGAACAACUGGUUGGAAUGUCAGUGCGGGAAUUAAAUCGCCAGCUCCGUGGUUUCAGUAAAGAAGAGGCUUUGCGGCUAAAACAACGCAGACGCACUUUGAAAAACAGAGGGUAUGCCCAGUCCUGUCGGUACAAGCGGGUACAGCAGCGCCAUGUCCUGGAGACCGAGAAGUGUCAGCUCUCUCGCCAGCUACAGCAACUUCAACAGGAAGUGGUUCGGAUGACCCGAGAGAGGGAUGGCUGGAGAGCUAGAUAUGAGAAACUGCUGAAUGCUACGGGAGGGGGCACUGGGGCGGAUGUGCUGGGUACAGGGGGAGACACGGGGUCUGGAGCUGAGCUCUUCCUGUGAUUCUCCAAUGAAAAGACUGAAACCCAACUCUGAAGGUGUUACUCUCAUUCAGGAGACUGAUCUACCCCUGAAAAUCUGAUUCCUAUUAUCAAAAGCCCCUAAUGUGCAUCAUGGAGGCCCUGAAAAGAUUCACUGCCCCUCCAUUAUAUUUCAUAACAGAACAAACACAUCAUUGUUUUAAGACUUGAUAUACAUGUACCUUUCAAUAGUUUAUUAUCCCCCCAAUAUUUCAUUUAACCAAUAUGUUAAUAACAUUUCCUAUGCCAGCCGUGCUCUGUGUGUUCUCUGUACCAGAGCAAGGAUUUAUCAAGAUCUUGACCUUCACUAACCAUUUUAUUCAAUCUCUAGAGAACCUUCCUCUUCAAAACCCAACUCUAUCUAUAUAUCCAAGACUGUAUGGUAUUUAUUGCCUUCCUUGAUCCUUACUGCAUGUAAAAGCUCUUGAAGCAUCUGUUGUACCCAAAAUUAUUUCAAAUUUUGCUUGGCGGCAUGUUGGAAAACUUAUGAGAUGUUAAAAAAAUGGCCUUGUUGAUGAUCAAUGGGAAGCAUUCCUUAGAUGCAGCUUCUUUAGAUGAACACAUCUACAGUUCAGCUCUCAAUAGGGCAACAAGCAAAACAGAAACAUAUCCCAUUGGCACAGUGGAUUCUUUAAAAGCCUGUAUAGACAUAAGGGCAGGGCUGGACUGGGACAGCCCUGGCCCACUUUGACAGGUCUCCCCCAUGGCGGCCGGACAACUCCCGCAC